ACUGUCACUGAGGGUGCUCUACCGCGUUUCACACUUCCACCUGAGGCACGACCCGGAUUCUGACCUUGCGUGACAACGAGUUAUCACUCCCGAGAGACGACAGGCCACGAAUCUGGUGCGACUAAGGUAAGACGAGAGUAAUUCUGGGCAUGGUGAUUUCCAUCGCAUUUUUGCUGGAGAAAGCGAUUUAAAGGCAGUAAUCACCGACUGUCAGGGCGAUCAUGCGCUCUCGAGUGUACGUUCUCUACGCAUCGUGGUGAUCUUGUCUUCUUCUUUUUCUUUCUUCGUACUUUUUGAUACCCCCACGAGCAGGAUACUCGGUUCUCUUCUCUUACCCUUUUCGUUCUAUUCUCACCACUAGGUUCUUCAUCCAGCCCCUCUCUGCUUCUGCGUUACCUCGAUUGGAAUAGUACCCUACACCAAACUUUCAUUCCACUUCCGUCAAAAUGCGCUUCUCUCUUUUUGUCGUGGCCGGCCUCUCCGCUGUCGCCACUGCCUUGCCACAGAGAGCUGCCGGUCAAGGCCGGUUUCGAGGUGGCCGUCCAUCUGAUCAGAGUGCUCAGGAUGGCAGUGUUCAGUCAGCCGAUUUGUCCGAAUUUCACUUCCCUUCAACCGGUGCUACGCCUGGCAACGCACAAGCUGGUGUUGGUAAUGGUGCUGCAACUGAAGGCAACCUAAACGACCAAGGGCAGGAACCACCGAACAACCAAGGGCAGGAACCACCGAACAACCAAGGGCAGGAACCACCGAACAACCAAGGGCAGGAACCACCGAACAACCAAGAUGGCCUACCCAACCAAGGGGCCGGAAACGUCAAGUACAACGGCACUCUUCCUGGAAAUGAUGGUCAGAACCAAAACGGCCAGAAUCAGAAUGGUGGUGUUCAGAACGGGCCAAACCAGAAUGCCGGAAGUCAAAACCGACAGAACCAAACCGGCGGCAGCCAAAAUGGCGCAAACCAAACAACAGGCGGCUUUGAUGUCUCUCUCGUCCCAGAGUUUGGCGUCGAAGCAGGUCAAACCCCCGAUGGCACAGGAAACUGUCUUGGCCUGAACAACGUCAAGAUCCCCUGCUCUUGCCCACCUGACCGUCAAGAGUUCAUACAGAAAGUGCAAGCCGCUGCUGCUGCCGGCAACUCUGAGGGCGUACCAAUCAAGUUCCCGCUCGGUGGCUCUAGUGCGAGCAAGAAGGCUAGAAUCGGGGCGAGCAUCAUCGUAUUGCAGAACCUGAAUGGGAGGGGUGUGGGUUGUCCCGCGGCAUCCACGACGUUUCUGGCACAACAGGCUGCUGCUUGAGUGAUGUGAAAUGAUAUGAUCGAUGAACAGGGCCGUACACAGAGAGGGGGGCAACGAAACAUGAUGGAGUUUUUU